CUCUGUCAUUCUAAUGUGAAGAAUCUUUUGUUUUCUCUUUCUGCUGUAGUGAUUAUCCUAUUCUUUUUUUUUCUUUUUUAAAUGUCACCAUUCAAAAAGAGAAGCACAGCCUUGCUUUUGUAUUAAUGUAUGCAUAUCAGUAUCCACAAUUUAAAGCUUGUAUGUAAUGCUGAAAGUAUACAUGUUGGGUUUUGUAAAUUCAUGACUUGCUGUCAAAGGACAUAUAGUUUAUUUCAAAUCUUAUUGUUAGGUUAUCCAAUAUGUGCCCACGGAGAUUCAUUAUUUGCACUCAAUAGACGUUGCAUUAUAUGCACUUGUGUUUUCAAAACAAUGCAAGUUUUAGGACACCAUGGUAACAAUUUGGAAUGUUUGUAUAUAAUUUCAACCUAUACUUGUAGUGUGAUUUUGUUCCGGCUACAUGUAUGUGCUAGUGUUUACUUGGUUACGUUCACAUAUGCAAUGCAUUUAUUAAUAGUAACAAGUUCAUUGAGAUGCCUGGAUUCUUUGCGGAAGAACGAUUCAACACCGUUCCAUUUUCAAAACUAAACUGAAUGAUAUACAUUUUAUUUUUGUUCAAAGUUCAGACCAAGGAGCUUGUUCAGACUGCAUUUAUGAUGUCUUACAUAGGAAUACAUCCUCUCUUUGUGUUCAGACAAAAGAAUUGAAGAAACCUACCCAAGGCAGACCCUCGACAUGCUGGACGGACGCAUCCCACAGCUGGAGUACGAUUCCGGCGCCGUCAUUGAGAGACUUCCAGGAGACAAGCUACGGAUUCAGGGCCAAGAUGAAAACAUUCUGAGGGCACUGUCCCUGAUAUCUGGCAAUACGAACGGUGAAGUUCACAACUCAGAGAAUGGUGCAAUACACGAAAGGAGGGAACCCUCCAGGACAAUUACUGCCAUGUCAAGGACAGACUUCAGCGAUAGCCGUCAUUCACCCAGGGAGGACGAAGUUGCUGAGAGAUUAAGGCCAAUUGGAGUCGCAAACGGGAGUCCAAGAGAGAUUCCCAGCCAGGAAUUGCAGACCAAAGCCGUUCCAUCGUCUUCGUCAGUAACCUCAUCAUCAACAUCUUCAAAAACAAACUCUCAGAGUAAGCAUGAGGAUAUCAUCUCCCUCAUGCUCAAGCUUGGCUAUUCUAGACAGAUUGUAGAGCAAGUCCUGCAACAGGUUGGAGACCAGGCUUCAAGCGAUGAGGUCCUGAGGAUGCUUGUGAAUCUCGGAUCACCAAAGAUAACAGAAGAUGGAGGUAGCGAUGCCAAAGAAGUGGACAUAGGGUCAGGAAAGAAGGAUUUCAGCGAUGGUGUUCAAGAGUCUGAGGAGACCGACUCAGACCCGUACAGGCCAAUUAUAAUUGAUGGAAGUAAUGUAGCAAUGAGCUAUGGCAACUCGAACGUGUUUAACUGCAAGGGAAUUCAUACCGUAGUCAUGUGGUUUCUUCUCCGAGGUCAUAACACUAUCUACGUCUUUGUGCCAAGUUGGAGGAAGGAACAGUCUAAACCGGAAACACCCAUCAAAGACCAAGAGAUUCUGAUGGAUCUUGAGAAAUCCAAAAUCCUGGUCUGGACGCCCUCGCGGAGGGUCAAAGGUCGGCGGAUGGUUUGCUAUGACGACCGCUACAUCCUCAACCUUGCCCACGAACUGGAUGGGAUUGUUGUCUCCAAUGACACCUUCAGGGAUCUAUGCGCAGAGAAACCGGAAUACCGUAAAGUAGUGGAAGAAAGGCUACUGAUGUAUUCCUUUGCGGGUGAUAAGUUUAUGCCGCCUGAUGAUCCACUUGGAAGACAUGGUCCGAAUCUGGAUAACUUCCUUCGCAAGACACCCUCAAAGCCAAGUCACCAGAUGCAGCUGUGCCCCUAUGGUAAGAAGUGUACUUAUGGCAAUAAGUGCAAGUACAGCCACCCAGAGAGGAGCAGGAAUGUGAAGACAACCAGUGAGAUCCUGGUAGAGAAGGACCGCCAAAGACAAGAGCAGAAGCUCAAGGCGAACCUGAUGGCAAGGGCACUCAAGACAGAGGUGCCUGAGAUGCCGUGGGAAAAGGAGAACGGGAGAGGUACCACAGAUCCACUCCCUUACCAGUCGGGAUCAAGGGGUUUGGCGAUGUCUCAUGGAGGAGCCACCCAACAGCACAGUGGUGCUGUGACGUUGCCGCUAAGGAAUCCGCCAAUGCCUGAUAAGACCAUGAACACUGUACCUCUGGUUGGUCCGCAGCAUGUGCAGCAGUACCGAAUGCACCCUCAGAACUUGCAAUCCAUCAACGAGGGCUGGUUGCCCUCGGAUGAGAGGGUCCAUGAUGGUUGGCCAUCAUCCGAACAUAGAAUUCCUGCCGCGUCCUACCACCCACACCAGGCAAUGGCUCGGCCCCAACAUAGGAACCAGCAACUCCCGAACAGGUCUUCCAUGACUGCUCCGAUUUCUGGGUACACUCCCCAUCCUCAACCUAUGCGGGAAAUGAUGACAGCGCCUCUGUCCACCGUUGAUUACUACCAGCAGCACGCUACACAGCAGUCUGAGAAGCGAUAUUCCUUACCCAUCGGGGGAGUUGAUCAGCAGAGACCUCAGAAGCAGCCUCAGCAGCAGCAACAGGUUCGUCCUCCCCAGAGAGUCAGCAAUAACAUGACCGAAUUCAGCAAGGAAUUCCAUCAGAUGUCCCUUCUUGAUACUUCCAGUCACGGGAGUGCCUUUGACGAGGAAAGACAUUACAGCUAUCCGUUGACCACACCUUACAGAGGCUCUCCAGUCCUCAACACGCAGACCCCAGCCAAUGCUUACUUGGACGACGAGGGUUAUUUUUCACCUAUCACCCCAAAGGAAGUGGGUAUUCCUUCGCCGGGGAUACCCUCCCACCCAUCAUCGUCAAGAUACCCUCAGCAUCCAAACACAGAUAGCACUCUUCAUCCUCACCGCUUCAUGUACCCCAGCACCAUACCUACCACAUCCUACACCAAUCCCCCGCAUCAGGUACCCGGUAGUGGAUCAGAUGCACUCAGGCAUGGAGGACACCUUGGGAUGCAUCCCAACCAAAUCUUUAAUCCAGUAGAAAGUCCUCGGAGGACGUCUGAACCGUUGCCUCCAAGGCAGGUCUGGGGUGGUGGAGGGUCUGAACACUCCGAUACCUCCAGGACAGUGGAGAGUGGGGAAAGCAGGAUGAGGAUGGCAACAUCAAGACAGCUUCCAAGUUAAGAUAAUGAUCUAUUAAAGAGGAAUGGUGUCACCAAGACAGUUUUGAAGCUAGAAUCAUGGUCUACCAAGGUUGGUACUGUCAAAACAGCUUUCAAGCAAGGAACAUGAUCUAAUGGAGAUGGUUUCUUCAAGACAGCUUCCAAUCUAGGAUCAUGAUCUUCUUGGGAUGUUACCAUCAUAUCUUCUGAGUUGGGAUCAUGAUCUAUCAAGGACUUAACCUUUGAGAUAGCUUCCAAGCUUGAAUCAUGAGCUAACAGGGUAGAGUAGACAAAUUUAUUGAUUAUUUCCAUUUACUGUUGUUAAGAUCAUGCUUUCUAGGUGAACAGAAAAUCUACACCACGGACCUGACUUAAGUCCUGAUAAUAUUUCAUAAAUUGCAUCCACUUAGAUUCUGUUCUUGAACUU